UGCACCCCUGAUUGCACGCACAGUUGCACGUUCGUAACCAACGCGAGUCGGAACGGUGCGCGGAGCGGUGAUGUAGCGUUAUGACAGCGGCGGGAGACGGAGCGAAGGGACUCUGGCACGCGUCACGCAUUUAACUCGACAUCAGCAGCGGGACGCGAUGGAGAGCGACAAGUUUUUCUACGUGUACAGUUCCUCCUUAGACGCCAGGAUACAGAUUAAGAUAGGCACCUUAGAGGGCAAGAGACAGAGACCGGAGUACGACAAGCUGCUGGUCGACCCUCUGCUCAAGUACUCGGGCUUGUACGGAGCAGGUGGGAUCCGCGGGGACUUGGCCGCGUCGCUGCAAGUGUGGACCGGUGGUAGACCGUUGGCCUUGCCCGUACAUACAGCUUACAAGCAUUUCACCUCUCGCUGGAACUGGAACCAGUGGGUCACCCUGCCGAUCUCCUACGCGGAUUUGCCACGCGACGCGCAGCUCUGCAUAACGCUGUACGACUGCGCCGGGCCCGGCAGGCAGCUUCCGGUGGGUGGCACGACGAUACCACUGUUCGGGAAGCAUGGGGUGUUUCGACAGGGCAUGCUGGAUCUCCGAGUGUGGCCUGGAGUAGAGGCUGACGGCAGUGUACCGACCAGCACACCGGGGAAGGCGAGGGAUCAUGGGAAGGAGCAGAUGCAGAGGCUCGCGAAGCUCGCCAAGAAACACAGGAACGGGCAGAUGAACAAGGUCGACUGGCUGGAUAGAUUGACGUUCCGAGAGAUCGAAGUGAUCAACGAGAAGGAGAAGAGAGCGUCGGACUAUCUGUACUUGAUGGUGGAAUUCCCGGAGGUGACGAUGGACGGUGUACCGGUACGAAGCGUUGGAAUGGAGUACUCGAUCGUGUACUACGAGAAGGACGGGGACGAGAUGUUCCAGCACAGAACACAGCCGGACGUUGUGACGUUUCCCGACUAUGAAAUUUUGCAAGAGAAUCUCGUGGAGGCGAAGCACCAUAAACUGGCCCGUAGCCUACGUAGCGGCGGUAAUACCCGCGAAUUGAAGCCCACGUCGACCGUACGGGACGCGUUGAACACGAUAUUGGGCUACCCGCCGACAACUGCGCUCUCCACCGAGGAGCAAGAUUUGAUCUGGAAGUACAGGUUCUACUUGUCCAGUCAGAAGAAAGCGUUAACCAAGUUCGUCAAGUGUGUCAACUGGAAACUCGCGGGCGAGGUGCGCCAGGCGUUGGACAUGCUGGCACUGUGGGCGCCACCCGAUCCCGAGGAUGCGCUGGAGCUGCUAGGACCCGCGUUCACCCACCCGGAUAUCAGAAGAUACGCGAUCAGCAGGCUCAAUCAGGCUCACGACGACGACCUGAUGUUGUAUCUUUUGCAACUGGUGCAGGCGUUGAAGUACGAGGACUUCGAGAGCAUCAAGGCCGCUUAUCAGGCGAUGGUAAAGGAGAAGGAGGAUAAGGUGGAGAAGAACGAGCGGUCGGAGAAGAGCGAGAAAUUGGACAGAGACAUAAGAAGCUGCGAUUCAACAUCCACGCCGAUUACAACUUCGAGCGAAUCCAGCCAGCUGUCGACGAGCCAGGAGCCGCUCAUGGACCUGGCAUCGUUCUUGAUUACGCGCGCCUGCCAAAACUCCAUGCUGGCUAAUUAUUUCUACUGGUACCUCUCCAUCGAAUGCGAGGAUCAAACGGAUCCCGCGAUCAGCGCCAAACAAGACAUGCGAGUCAGGGAGAUGUACGUCACUGUGAUGAAAAUGUUUUCCAUGAUGUUAGCGCACGGGACCGCCAUCUGGCAAAAGAGAAGAGCGUUCCUGCUGCGGCAGAAGGUGUUCAUCGAUCAGUUGGUGUCCCUGGUGAAGGCGGUGGCGCGAGAGAGCGGCAAUCGCAAGAAGAAGACCGACAGAUUGCGGGCGUUAUUGGCGGACCCGGAUCCGGCGUUCAAGAUCAACUUCUCGAAUUUCGAGCCGAUCCCGUUCCCCUUGGACCCGGAGAUCUCUAUCAGAGGCAUUAUCCCGGAAAAAGCGAGUCUCUUCAAGUCCGCGCUCAUGCCGUCGAAACUGACGUUCUUAACGGCGGAGAACGACGAGUACAUAGCUAUCUUUAAGCACGGAGACGACUUGCGACAAGACCAGCUGAUUCUGCAAACGAUAGCGCUCAUGGAUAAGUUAUUAAGGAGAGAAAAUUUAGACCUGAAACUGACUCCGUAUAGGGUACUUGCGACAAGCACUAGACACGGUUUCUUACAAUUCAUCGAAUCCACAACGGUCGCGGAGGUCUUGGCUAGCGAAGGAUCGAUACUGAGCUUCUUCCGAAAGCACCAUCCUUCCGAGACCGGACCUUACGGCGUGGUGCCGGAGGUCAUGGACACUUACGUUCGCAGUUGCGCUGGCUAUUGCAUAAUCACGUAUGUGCUGGGGGUCGGCGAUCGCCACUUGGAUAAUUUGCUGCUCACAGCGUCAGGUAAACUUUUCCACAUCGACUUUGGCUACAUCCUGGGCAGAGACCCGAAACCUCUGCCGCCGCCGAUGAAGCUCAGCAAGGAGAUGGUCGAGGCCAUGGGCGGCGUCGGUUCCGAGCAUUAUCACGAGUUCCGAAAGCAGUGUUACACGGCGUUCCUUCACUUGCGCCGGCACGCGAAUCUUAUACUGAAUCUAUUCUCGCUAAUGGUGGACGCAAGUGUGCCCGAUAUCGCUCUGGAGCCGGACAAGGCCGUGAAGAAGGUGCAAGACAAAUUGCGACUGGACCUGAGCGACGAAGAGGCAGUUCAUUAUGUGCACAAUCUCUUGGACUUGUCGGUCACCGCGGUGAUGGCCGCGCUGGUGGAGCAGCUCCACAAGUUCGCACAAUAUUGGCGAAAGUAAAAAAAAGCAAAAAAUCGAGGUACAGCGAAAUCACGCAAACUGUGUUCCAUUCUAAAUGCCACAAUUAUUGUUAUAUUGUGUAUAUAUAUAUAUAUAUAUAUAUGUAUAAAUAAUAUGAGAAGAAACGACCACACACGGCGCAACUCACGAAUGUAAUAUAACUUAUUGUAUUUUGGGAGUAUUUUAGCUAAUAAAUCUUUGAUAAUAAUUAUGCAAA